AUGGGUCCUGCCAAAUCGAUCUUUUGGCCCGUCUGGCAGACUCACGCGGGGAGCUCGAGCCAAGUCGACGAUGCGAGCGUCUACCCCAGGACCCCACCGCUGAAUGAGCCUUGGCCGGGGCUUGACCCGCUCAAGCAAGCAAGCGCCAGUUGGCAUCGGAUCGCUGUCAGCCAUUUACAGAACCUCACCCGUUCCCUCGAGAUAGACGAGGGGAGCGUUGAAUGCCUGCCGGCCUCCGGUCCUGCGGUAUCGUUGGUCGCUUCUGCUUCCGCCGCUGCAGUUGGAGCGAUUGCGUGCGUUCCUGUUCCUGCUGCUGGCCAACUCUGCAUGACUUGGCUCGAAGCGUCGCCAGCUGAUCCACCGCUCCUGCACGAGCCCUCUGGUGCUGCUUCUGCUGCUCCUGCUGCUGUUGCCGCUGUCGAGAUUGAGCAUCUACUCUCUCGCGCUCGUGCCUGCCUGCAACGCCGGUCGUGGUCAAACGACUGCUCGGUCUGCUCCGCUGCGCCGCUCCUGCAGGCGAUCUCCACAGCGAAUGCCCGCUCCGGCCCGCCUGCAUUCCGUACGUCGAGCCAGCUGAGAUUCGCUCUCGCUUCCUACCCUCAUCCCACCGGCAAUCCCCCCUACUUUCCCCUCGUCACCGCGGAUCCUCAUCGAGUCUCGACCACUUUCAUCGCCAGCGGCUCCAGCUCUGAUCGCUUGGAACGAUAG